GCGCGCGGCCCGCUGGGAGGCGGAAGCGGAAGCGCGGGUCUCCCCGGGAGCGAUGGCUGCCGGGGGUCUAAGCCGGUCGGAGCGCAAGGCGGCGGAGCGGGUCCGGAGGCUGCGGGAGGAGCAGCAGCGGGAGCGCCUCCGCCAGGUGUCGCGCAUCCUGAGGAAGGCGGCGGCCGAACGCAGCGCGGAGGAAGGCCGGCUCCUGGCCGAGAGCGAGGACCUGGUGACCGAGCUGCAGGGCCGGAGCAGGCGGCGCGAGGGCCUGAAGCGGCGGCAGGAGGAGGUGUGCGAUGACCCAGAGGAGCUGCGGAGAAAAGUCCGGGAGCUGGCCGACGCCGUCCGCAACGCCAAGCACCUGGUCGUCUACACGGGCGCGGGGAUCAGCACGGCGGCCUCUAUCCCAGACUACCGGGGCCCUAACGGAGUGUGGACGCUGCUUCAGAAAGGAAGAAGCGUUAGUGCUGCCGACCUGAGUGAGGCCGAGCCGACCCUCACCCACAUGAGCAUCGCCCGCUUACACGAGCAGAAGCUGGUGCAGCACGUGGUGUCUCAGAACUGCGACGGGCUCCACCUGCGGAGCGGGCUGCCCCGCGCCGCCAUGUCCGAGCUCCACGGGAACAUGUACAUCGAAGUCUGCACGGCCUGCGUCCCCAACAGGGAGUACGUGAGGGUGUUCGACGUGACGGAGCGCACGGCCCUGCACCGACACCAGACGGGCCGCGCCUGCCACACGUGCGGGGCCCAGCUCCGGGACACCAUCGUGCACUUUGGGGAGAGGGGGACGCUGGGGCAGCCUCUGAACUGGGAGGCGGCCACCCAGGCUGCCAGCAGAGCGGACACCAUCCUGUGUUUAGGUUCCAGCUUAAAGGUUCUAAAGAAGUACCCACGCCUCUGGUGCAUGGCCAAGCCCCCCAGCCGGCGGCCCAAGCUCUACAUUGUCAACUUGCAGUGGACUCCGAAGGAUGACUGGGCGGCCCUGAAGCUGCACGGGAAGUGUGACGACGUCAUGCGGCUGCUCAUGGACGAGCUGGGCCUGGAGAUCCCCCCCUACAGCAGGGUCUUAUAGGGGAAAUCAAUUACUUCUUUUAAUGAAAGGGUUCAAGAAUUAAGGAUCCCUUCACCUUCUGGGCCUGGCAAUUCUUGUAUGUUAUGUUUGUGGUGUUCUGUAAUGUGGGCCUAUCGUGUACUGUACCUUCGUUUUUUUUUUCCACAUUAACUUAGCUCAUUUUCUUUAUCAGUGCUUAUCUGUAUCUUUAGUUUAUAACGUGUGCUUCUACAUCUCAGUCAGACACAUGAUCUCUCCGCGGUGUAGUGUUUAGGCGGCGCCUCCCUAGUCAGCUUCCCUCCCAUCAAGUCUUGCGGGCUGGGAAGGGGAAGAGGGUCUGGUCCACCUGCCCCUGGCCAUACAAGUGACAGGUGGGGCCCAGAGUUGUCUAGAGCCGCACCCCUCGAGAGGCCGCCGCCGCCGCCCCAUCCCACAUGUGCGCGGCCCCCUGGAUCGCCGGGGAGGACUCACUUCUGCGGAGGCUGGGCUAGUCUGGGUGCUGCUGGCCUUUGAGCUCCGAGGGGACCUCGCCCCCCUUGCAGAUGUUCUGGAGCUACCGGAGGCCAAGCCCAGUCACCGUUAAGACACGGGAGGGGCGCAGGGCCACCUCAGUCAGCUUCCUCGUCCUGGGGCGGGUUGCGACCGUGAGGGGCUCCCGGGGACACGUGACCCAGCUUUCCCUUUCUGUAGGUGGCAGGACCCCAUCUUCUCCCUGGCGACUCCCCUGCGUGCGGGUGAAGAAGGCAGCCACAGUCGCAAGUCUCUGUGCAGGAGCCGAGAGGAGCCUGGGCCUGAGGACAGGGGCGCGCCACGUAGCUCGGCCCCCGCCCUGGGUGGCUGGUUUGGCAGGGGCUGCACCAAGCGAACCAAAAGGAAGAAAGUGACGUGAGCUGGUGCUUGACCGGGAACAAUGAUGGCACUUUGCAGACAGCCGGGACUCUCGUGCAGGGGCAGGUGGCACCAUGGAGGCCAGGACUGCCCCCGAGAAUGCUCUGGGGAUGACAUUCUCAUCCUGACGUGUUUAGCCCUUUGUCCCGGGGGAAGCCUCCUUGCACUGCUGCGGCUGCCGCCCGCGCGGGCCAAUAGUGGAAGACCCUCGGCCCGCGCAGCCUCUUCCCGAAGAGGGGGCAGCCACGUCUUCUGUGAGAACAGAACUCGGGUUAUUGCACGCCUGGCCGGCCAAGAGGAAGCACACGCUGCCUUACCUCAUUCAUCAGGCUAGUCUCAGGGGCCUCGACCCUAUUUCUACUACUUCUUACUGAGAAUGUUAAAUUCAAGGAAGCCUUUUUCUGUAUUGGGUAUGCUGCAAAGGGAUGGUUUUGAGCCUUGGCGCUCAGCAGACCUUUUUAUUAUUAAACAUCUCCGCACUGUC